UCGGUCGAAAUUGUUGUGAGUCAGGCCGCCCGUUCGUCGGCUUUAACGAUUUCGCAGAUAUUUUGCUUUUUAGUGUUCAGUUCCUUAAUGCAAAGAAUGUAAAAUGGCUAUUAACUUGAAUAAAUACAAGGAUGCGUUAGUUGCCGCCUGGAAAGAUGUAUUAGACGAGAAAACUGAUACUGAUUGGGCUCUCUUCGGCUACGAUGGCUUAUCCAGCGACCUAAAGUUCGUAAGCAAAGGAGAUGGAGGCCUAAUAGAGCUGAUUGACGAAUUCAACAGCGGCAAAAUACAAUAUGCAUUCCUAAAGUUAGACGUCCCGGACAGCACCAUAUCUAAAUAUGUGCUUAUCAACUGGCAGGGUGAAGGCGCCCCAACGGUCCGCAAAGGUACCUGUGCCAACCACAUCAAGCAUGUGGCCUCCCUAUUCACCGGUUUCCACCUGACCAUGCACGCUCGCACAGAGGAUGACCUCGAAGAAAGACUGAUCCUGGAGAAGUUGGCUAAGGCCGGCUCAGCUUUUAACUUCAAGUCAGGCCGGAAUGAGGAAUUGCCUCCCAGCGGCCCUGUGGGAACGGUGUACAAGAAAGUUAAUCCAGUUCAAGAGAUCAACUCGUCAGAGCGAGACCAGUUUUGGUUGAAAGAAGAACAGGAGGAAAAGAAAAGGGUAGAAGCAGAAAGGAAAAGGAGAGAAGAGGAAAAAAGAAAGGCAGAAGAGGAUGCCAGGAGAAAAGAAGAAUUAGCUGCACAGAGGAGAGCGAAGGUUGAAGAACAGAAAGUGUCAAGUCCGGACCCAACGAGUCCCACCGGCGUGUCGACGAGCGAGGCACUCAGGAGGCAGAGGUCACAAGAGGCCAAACAACUUAUAGGGACCUCCACGGCGUCUGCGAGGGCCAUGUUCCAACAGAAUUUAGCUCAAGGACAACUCACACCCAAAUCCAACAGUAUACCAGAGAAGCCGGUCCGCAGCUCCGUGAUCGCGCAACGCAUCAACACCUUCACGCAACCACAACCCACUUCCCUCCCUCCCCUCUCCCCUUCCACCCGCACCCCCCACAAAAUCACCCCAACAGAACCCACAGAGCCCAAAACGUCCCCACUGAAAAACAUAGACAAAAUCAAAAUGAGUCUAGAAAGCCCUUCGCAAAUACAGUACGAACCUAUCAUAGACCCAACGGUCGACCUAAGUCCCAGCACAGAAAACAACCCAACCUCCUUCAGUGCCAUAAAUUACGCAGAACUCAAAAAAGAAAACGAAUACAGACCUAUAGAGGAACUCAAACAGAGCGAACCUAUGAUCAAACAGAACAUUCUAGAGAACGAUAUGUUCGACGCUUCAUAUUCGAGUUCUAACGAAAACGACGAUGAUGACAGUGAUAAUAAGUUCAGUACUAUUAAGAGAUCGCCGUAUAGCAAGAAUAAUAUCGCGGAGGAAAAUGGAAAAGCGGAGCUGAGCAGGCAGAAUACUGUUAUAGAGAAUGUUAAUUAUAAGAAGGAGGCUAAUGGGACUAAUACUAGUGAUGACGUGUCACCAGAAGGCUUGGAGGAGGAAGGAACGAUAUACGAAGAUUUGGACGAUGACCCCGGUCUUACUGCGAGGGCUCUAUACGACUAUCAAGCGGCGGACGAGUCAGAAAUCACGUUCGACCCCGGCGACAUCAUCACGCACAUCGAACAGAUCGACGCGGGCUGGUGGCAGGGCGUCGGGCCGCAGGGACUGUUCGGCCUCUUCCCCGCUAACUACGUGGAGCUGUUACCCGCACAUCCCCGCUAGCCUGUGCGCCGCAGCCGAACGGUGUGGUGGAGCGGUUGAAUCGGUAUUUGAUAGAAAAUUUGGUUCGUGGAAUUACUGACUACGUUAAGUUUGUACGGCUCAGCCCACAAACAAAUGGUAUGGCAGAGCGCCUAAAUAUUUUUAAAGUUUUGUUUGCUCCUCGCCAACUACGUAUAACUGUUGCCUGCACAUUCCUGUUAAGUUAUAUCACUCUUCAACUAGACUGCGCACUAUCCGACUGCGCUGAGUUUGUUUGAUUGUGAGCAACCCCGUAACCAAACGGUAUGGUAGAGCGGUUGAAUCGAUUUCGAAAAAAGCUUGGACCUGUUGCUCGUAUAUCCCUGCUAACGACCACACUAGCUGUAUACCCCGCAAUUUAACGGUAUAGUAGAGCGGCUGAAUCGAUAUUUAAAAGGAAACUUGUUUUUUUGAUAACUAUGGGAAACUGUUGCCCGCACAUCCUUGCUAAGCCCUAUCAGUAGCUGUUGAAAGUGUUUAACCCGCAUAUUGCGACCCAAAAAUCUAUCCAUCUCUUUAAAGUGAGGUGUAGCAACUGUAGCAGGUGUCUAUGGGCAACGGUAACUGUUUACCAAUCGUUGAUUCGUCUGCUCAUGCUUAAUAUUUUUGCUAUUUUCGUUGUAUAGGUAAGCAAAAUAUUAUAAGUGUCUUAAAAGGUAUUUAAAUAAAAUUUGCAUUCAGUCAAUAACGGAAUAUGAGAGAUAAUUCAGUGUACAGUCAAGUCGACUUAUAUAUAACGCGUAUUCUCUAGAUAUAAGUUCGUAAAUAUAGACGACUGUACCAGAGUCUGAAACGUUAAUAAUCGACUGCUCGAAAUGUGAUCUCUAUUUAAUCUUUAGUGAGAUCUCAAGGUCAAACGUAAUUUAGGGAAAAGGACCAAACUUGCAAAUAUUCUCAGUGAAAUUUGAAUGUUGUCAAUAAAAAAAACCACUUACGUCUAUGUUCCCAAAAGAGGUAGGCAGAACACAUGAAACUGCUCUAGUUUCAGUAUAUAGAUCAUUUCAUUCACGAAGAUACGUGUUCUCUCAUUCACUUUAUCGCGUCGGUGCGUCCCUAUCGCAAUUACAAAUGGUGCGAAAAUGACGGCCUGAUGCCAUAUCGUUUAUCACGCGACUGUACUUGCCUGCCUGGUUCGUAAUUUCAUACUAUAACAGGUAACACAUAAUGUUUAAUAUACACAAUCUGUUCUGUAUGAACGCUGGUAGCCUAGCGAUAAGUGCGUGCGACUUUCGUUCCGGAGGUCGCGGGUUCAAACCCCGGCUCACACCAAUGAGUUUUUCGGAACUUAUGUGCGAAAUGUCAUUUGAUAUUUGCCGCUU